AUGCGUCAAUACUCGCGCUCUGCCGCGGCCGCCGUUGCUCUGGCAGCAACUGCCCGCGCCGCCAGCUCGUCCUCCCUUUCCUCCGUCUGUACUGUUGCCAACGUCCAGGCUGCUCUCCCCGCCAAUGGCACCCUCAAUGGUAUCAGCAUGAUCCCCUCCACCGUGACGGCCAAGACUGCCACCAGCGGUUCGACCGAUUACUGCGCUGUGUCCGUCUCCUACGUCCACACCGGUACCACCAACGAGAUCGAGCUCAACUACGCCUUCCCCAGCCCCGAUGACUUCAGCAACCGUUUCUACGUCGCUGGUGGUUUCGGUUACUCCCUCAGCAGCACUGCCACCGGUGGUCUCGACUACGGCGCCGUUGGCGGUGCCACCUCCGCUGGCUACGGUGCUCUGAACGGCACCACCGUCGAUGAGGUCAACUUGGCUGGCAACGGCACCAUCAACUGGGACCCCAUCUACAUGUUCGCCUACCAGGCCCUGGGUGAGCUGACCACCAUUGGUAAGCCCAUCACCCGCGCCUUCUACGGCCUGGACGACGAUGCCAAGGUCUACACCUACUACGAGGGUUGCUCCGACGGUGGCCGUCAGGGUAUGAGCCAGAUCCAGCGUUACGGUGACGAGUACGAUGGUGCUAUCAUCGGUGCUCCUGCCUUCCGUUACGGCCAGCAGCAGGUCAACCACCUGUUCUCCAGCGUUGUCGAGCAGACUCUCGGCUACUACCCCCCUACCUGUGAGAUGGAGAAGAUCGUCAACGCCACCAUUGACGCCUGCGAUCCCCUCGAUGGCAGAACCGAUGGUGUCAUCUCCCGUUCCGACCUGUGCCAGCUGGAGUUCAACCUGACCUCCAUCAUCGGCGAGUCCUACUACUGCGCCGCUGAGACCUCCACCUCCCUCGGCUUCAACUUCAACAAGCGUAACGACGGUACCUCCACCUCCUACACCCCCGCCCAGUCCGGCAACGUGACCGCGGAAGGUGUUGCCGUGGCCCAGGCCAUCUACGACGGUCUUUUCAACUCCGCCGGCGAGCGCGCCUACCUCUCCUACCAGAUCGGAGCCGAGUUCACCGAUGGUGAGACCUCCUACGACAACUCCACCGGCACCUGGGGCGUCGACAUUCCCUCCACCGGUGGUGAGUUCGUCACCCGCUUCAUCGAACUCGUCGAACUCUCCAACCUGGACAACCUGAACAACGCCAUGGUUCGCUACAUGGACACUCUGCAGACCACCCUCCCCGACCUGACCACCUUCAAGUCCUCCGGCGGUAAGAUCCUCCACUACCACGGGGAGAGCGACCCCAGUGUGCCCACUGCCUCCUCCAUCCACUACUGGCAAUCCGUCAAGAGCAUCAUGUACCCCGGUAUCAGCACCUCCAAGGCCAUCGAUGACAUGAAGUCCUGGUACCAGCUGUACCUGGUCCCCGGAGCCGCCCACUGUGGUCGCAACACUCUCCAGCCCAACGGUCCCUUCCCCGAGGACAACAUGGCCACCAUGAUCAAGUGGGUUGAGAGCGGUGUCCAGCCCACUGGUCUGAACGCUACUGUCGAUGCCGGCACCUACGACGGCGAGGUGCAGUCUCUUUGCCAGUUCCCCAAGCGUCCUCUCUGGAAGAACGACAAGUGGACCUGCGAGUCUGACGAGGAGGGUGCCGAUACCUUCUACUACACCUUCCCUGCCUUUAAGGUUCCCAUCUACUAAGCGAUUCGAUUGGUGUGGACAUGG